ACGCCUUCGUGAGCCAGCGACCCCAUCACGCCAUCCACCCCAUCCCGCCAGACUUCGCAGCACUCCAACACACACGCCCCCACCGCCCCUCCAACCCGCCCACCCUCCUUUCGCCAGCUCACGAUGUCCGCCAUCCCCCCACCGACCCCAACAACCCUCACCAUCGGCGGUCUCGACCUCUACAUCUUUGGUCUGCCGGAACCGAACUCAGAGACGACAUACACGGCAUACAACGUUGUGUUUCAUGCCCAUGGAAGGGGGUGGACGGCCGAGCAGGAUUUUCCCUUUUGUAGGGGGCUUUGUGAGAGGAUUAAUGAGGGUAACCCCACCACCCGCACAUUAGUAGCAACCUUCGACCAACGCAACCACGGGCGACGUCUUCUUUCGGGUAAACAGAACACAUCAUGGAAGGAGAACAACGACACUCACGCGAUGGAUAUGUUUGCGAUGCAGUACGGGACCGCGUGCGAUGUUUCGUUCUUGAUUGAUGUUUUGCCGUGUUAUUUGCCGGGAAGGGUGGAGAAGUGGGGGAUGUGUGGGAUCAGUUUGGGUGGCCACUCAACCUUCCUGGCCCUAGCCCUCGACCCCCGCCUCACCGUCGGCGUACCCAUUAUCGGCUGCGGCGAUUUCCUCACCCUAAUGACCGGCCGCGCCGCGCACAUGUCCCCGCCGAUCCCGCUCCCGCCGCACUCCGAAAAGUACAUCAACGCGGCGUUAUUGAAGGUGUUGAAGGACCGGGACCCGAUCAACAAAGUGGAUGAGAUGCGCGGCAAGGCGAUUUUGAUCUACAGCGGCGCCGCAGACACCCUCGUACCCGCCUCCGCCAACAUCGCGCUCGUCGACAAGCUCACCAGGGCGUAUGAAGCGGAUGGGAAGGCGGAGAUGUUUAGGCAGAUUGUGGAGGAGGGGGCGAAACAUGAGCUUACGGAGGGGAUGAAGAGGGAGUGUGCGGCGUGGUUUAGGCGGUGGUUGGCGUAGGGAUGUGUGUGGGGUUUAUGUAUGUAGGGUUUGUAGAGAAGUACAGUACAUACAUACGUAGGCGGUAAACAAUGUGCAUUGCGAUCGGGGUCCGGAUGUUGGUGUUGGCAGGACG